AAUAUCAUACAGAAAUUGCUGAUAUAUUGAAAGAAGAACCAAUUUUAAAAGAUAUUAUUACUCUUGUUCUUCAAAAUUCAGAACAAGAACAAGAAAUUUUAAUUAAAUUUAAAGUAAAAGCUAUUAAAAAUGAUGAAAUUAAAGUAUUUGAUUUUGAAAAUAAGGCUGAUAUUAAACAUAGUUAG